ACAAGGGCCACAACAAAACAGAAACGCAAUGGAAAAUUGAAAAGACCUGAGCCUUCGAUUAUCAUCAUUAUUAUGUAUCGCCCAUUUAGGUGACCAGCCUGAAAUUGCGUUAGGGUUUUUGGAAAUCUGAAUCACAUUCCUCUCUCUUCGUCUACUAUAUUGUAUAAAUAUGGCCGCACCGUUUAGCGGUGGUGUGGCGGUAAUGGCCGGUCCGCUCACUCCGCUCGAUCCGUCUCCGUCCAACGCUUCUUCUCAGAAGAACUCUUCGCACAAGUCUCCGAUUCUGAUUUUCUUGCUUUUCCACAAGGCUAUUCGCUCCGAGCUCGAUGGCCUCCACCGCGCCGCCGUGGCCUUCGCCACCAGCCGAGCCCCCGCCGGAAUCGAGCCGCUGCUGGAGCGCUACCACUUCCUCCGCUCCAUCUAUAAGCACCACUGCAAUGCCGAGGACGAGGUUAUUUUUCCAGCUCUGGAUAUACGUGUGAAGAAUGUGGCUCGAACUUACUCCCUCGAGCAUGAAGGAGAGAGUGUUUUGUUUGAUCAGCUGUUUGAGCUGCUGAACUCGAGUAUGCAGAAUGAGGAAAGCUGCCGGAGAGAGCUGGCUUCGUGUACUGGAGCUCUUCAGACAUCAAUCAGCCAGCAUAUGUCCAAGGAAGAGGAACAGGUUUUCCCAUUGCUUAUUGAGAAGUUUUCAUGUGAAGAACAGGCAUCGUUAGUCUGGCAGUUUCUGUGCAGUAUUCCUGUUAACAUGAUGGCGGAAUUUCUUCCAUGGCUCUCAUCCUCCAUAUCAUGUGAUGAACGUCAGGAUAUGCACAAGUAUUUGAGCAAGGUAAUACCAGAAGAGAAGCUUCUGCAGCAGGUUGUAUUUUCCUGGAUGGAAGGAGCAGAAGCUUCUGCCUGCAAAAUUAAAGCCGAGGGCCAAGUUCACAAUUCUGGAGAGAAGGCCCAGUGCACAGGUCAGUCGUCCAAGACUUGUAAACGGAAACGUGUGGAGCUCAAAUCUGAACAUUCCAGUAGUAUGUUAAAUCCUAUAGAUGAAUUGUUGCUAUGGCAUAAUGCUAUAAAAAGAGAGUUGAACGACAUAGCAGAGGCAGCCAGGAAGAUUCAACUUUCUGGUGACUUUUCUGAUUUUUCUGCAUUCAACAAGAGGCUGCAAUUUAUUGCAGAAGUUUGUAUUUUUCAUAGCAUUGCUGAGGACAAAAUUAUAUUCCCUGCUCUAGAUGCGGAACUCAAUUUUGCUCAGGAGCAUAAAGAUGAAGAAAUUCAGUUUGACAAGCUUAGGCGCCUCAUGGAAAGCAUCCAGAGGGCAGGAGCUGAAUCAUCUACUUCUGAUUUUUGUAUGAAGUUGUGCUCUCAUGCUGAUCAAAUUAUUGAUAGCAUACUGAAACACUUCCAGAAUGAGGAACUUCAGGUGCUUCCACUUGCCCGUAAGCAUUUUAGCCCUAGAAGACAACGAGAACUUCUGUAUCAAAGCUUAUGUAUGAUGCCAUUGAAGUUGAUUGAAUGUGUCUUACCAUGGUUGGUAGGAACACUUAAUGAUGAAGAAGCUAGUUUUUUCCUUCAGAACAUUUAUCUAGCAGCUCCAGCAUCAGAUUCAGCAUUGGUCACUCUUUUUUCUGGGUGGGCAUGCAAAGGUCGUUCGAGGAACAUAUGUUUGUCUUCAAGUGCAUUUGAUUGUAGUCCAGCAAUGACACUGACUGAUAGUGAAAAAGUGAUCGGCAAGAAACCAUUAUGUUUGUGCACUUCUUUGUUUUCCACUAAGCAAAGGCCUUUAUGCAAAUCAACAAAUGGAGAAGAUGAUAAUCGAAGGCCAUCCAAGUGUGUAAGCCUGAUGUCAUCUGUAGAAACUAUAGCAGGGCAGCCUUUAGACAAUGGAAAUACUUUUCAGAUAUCGUGCAGUAAUCAGACAUGCUGUGUCCCAGGGUUGGGAGUGAAUGACAGUAACUUGGCAGUGGUCUCUCUAACUGCAGUAAAAUCUCUGCGUGCCAUAUCCUUUAAUCCUUCAGCUCCUUCACUCAACUCCAGUCUUUUCAAUUGGGAAACAGAUUUCAGCUCUGCGGAUGCUAGUACUGGGACACGACCUAUUGAUAACAUAUUUAAAUUCCAUAAAGCUAUACGUAAAGACUUGGAGUAUUUGGAUAUUGAAUCUGGAAAGCUUAAUGAUUGCAACGAGACUUUUAUCAGGCAUUUUUCUGGUAGGUUUCGUUUGUUAUGGGGUCUAUAUAGAGCUCAUAGUAAUGCGGAGGAUGACAUUGUAUUCCCAGCGUUGGAAGCAAAAGAGACUCUUCAUAAUGUUAGCCAUUCUUACACACUGGAUCACAAGCAAGAAGAGAAACUGUUUGAGGAUAUAUUUUCUGUUCUUUCUGAGCUAGCACAACUUAGUGAAUUGAUGAGCAUUAGAAAAGUGUCUGGUGAUUCAGGACGAAGUAACCAUGAUUCUUCUGAGUAUACUGAUACUUUGAGAAAGUACAUUGAGCUAGCCACAAAGCUUCAGGGCAUGUGCAAAUCCAUUAGAGUGACAUUGGACCAACAUGUUUUCCGUGAAGAACUCGAGUUGUGGCCAUUGUUUGAUAAACACUUUUCUGUGGAGGAACAAGAUAAAAUUGUUGGUAGGAUAAUUGGUACUACAGGUGCAGAGGUUCUCCAAUCAAUGCUGCCAUGGGUAACUGCUGCUCUUACUCAGGAAGAACAGAAUAAAUUGAUGGACACAUGGAAGCAGGCGACCAAAAAUACUAUGUUCAGUGAGUGGCUUGACGAAUGGUGGGAUGGAACUUGUGCUGAAUCUUCACAUACAGAGACACCAGAAAGUUGUACUUCUCUCGAUUUUGCAUCUGCAGUUUCGGAUGCGGAUGCAUAUGCUAGCUUGGAACAGAGUGAUGAAACAUUUAAACCUGGAUGGAAAGACAUAUUUCGGAUGAAUCAGAAUGAGCUUGAAUCAGAAAUAAGAAAAGUUGCUCGGGAUUCAACUCUUGAUCCAAGAAGAAAAGCAUAUCUUAUUCAAAAUUUGGUGACUAGUCGCUGGAUAGCAUCUCAACAGCAAUCACCUCAAGGAGGUGCACUUGAAGGUUCAGAUGGUGAAGAUUUGCUUGGAUGUACACCGUCAUUUCAUGAUUCAGAGAAGGAAGUGUUUGGCUGUAAGCAUUACAAAAGAAACUGUAAAGUCCAUGCCAGUUGCUGUGGGAAACUAUAUACAUGCAGGUUCUGCCAUGAUGAAGUGAGCGACCAUUCAAUGGAUAGGAAGGCUACAACUGAAAUGAUGUGUAUGCGCUGCUUGAAGAUUCAGCCUGUGGGACCAGUCUGUGCAACAUCUUCCUGUGGUGGAUUCUUGAUGGCAAAGUACUAUUGUAAUAUUUGCAAAUUUUUUGAUGAUGAAAGGACAGUUUAUCAUUGUCCUUCCUGCAAUUUAUGCCGUGUUGGGAAGGGACUUGGUGUUGAUUUCUUUCAUUGCAUGACGUGCAAUUGUUGCCUGGGGAUGAAGUUGCUAGACCACAAAUGUAGGGAGAAGGGGUUAGAAAUAAAUUGUCCCAUUUGCUGCGACUUUCUGUUCACAUCAAGUGCUACUGUGAGAGCCCUUCCUUGCGGCCAUUACAUGCAUUCAGCCUGCUUCCAGGCAUACACUUGUAGUCACUACAUUUGCCCAAUCUGCAGCAGAUCUUUAGGAGAUAUGGCGGUUUACUUUGGCAUGCUUGAUGCACUACUGGCUUCUGAGGAACUCCCAGAAGAAUACAGGGAUCGCUGUCAGGAUAUCCUGUGCAAUGACUGUGAUAAGAAGGGGACAGCGCGAUUCCACUGGCUGUACCACAAGUGCGGCUCUUGUGGAUCCUAUAACACAAAGGUAAUUAGGGUUGAUUCGACCCCGCACUGCCUAACAUCAAGCACCUGAGAUGUGACAUAUGAUAUGAUGCCAUUGACAUACUACAUCCCACUCCCACAUUCCCAGCUCUCAGUUUUCAUCUGCAUACAGUUGUAUGUAUGUACAGUCACUACCAUCCGGCAAAUCUGUAAAUUGGACUCGGCCACUCACUAUGUACCAUGAAGAACUGUACUAUAGUUUAUUCAGCAUUCCAUGUAUUAUUCAUUCUCAUACCCCUGAAAUAUAAUGGAAGGCUUUAUUACAUUUCCGCGGGGGUCCGAGAUGUCGCCAAAACCUCUGUACCUCUUUGUAAUUGAGAAACGCAAGCGAGGUGUUGAUAACGUUA